GUCCGGUAACCUUCUACAACAACUGAACUUUCAACACUGCUCUUACAAGACUUCUCCAUGACCAUGGGGCUUUCGUCGGCGUUUCUUGUAGCGGCGAGUGCUAUUGCUCUGUCAGUACUCUACUGUCUGGUCACCUCUUGGCGCUUGAAGCGAAGAGUCAUAUCACUGGGGUGCAAGCCUGUACCUGUUUGGCGAGUUUGGGAUCUUUUCGGCAUCAAUAUGACCAUGACCAUGACCAAAGCAAUGAGCGAAAAUCGCCUGUCUGAAGAAAUCUACAGCAUAGUUAAAGAGGUGCAAGAAAGAGAGGGGCGCAAAUGCACGACAUUUCAAGUGUGCUUCCCGCCUGGGUUGUUGCAUUUCUUCACGUUCGACCCGAGAAACUUGCAGGCGGUUUUGGCUACGCAGUUCAAGGACUUUCAGAUUCCAUCGUCGCGUCUUGCGGGGUUCCGGCAACUGCUUGGGCAGGGGAUUUUUUCAUCUAACGGCGAACGCUGGACACACUCCCGUGCUCUCAUGCGGCCACAAUUCAACCGCGACCAGAUAGCCGACCUAGAUCUGUUCGAGAAGCACCUCCAGAACCUGUUCAAUAUACUGGAUCGUCAAGUUGACUCUCAAGGUUGGACCCAGAGCGGUGAUAUCCAGCACUUCGUUGAGCUAUUCACGAUCGAUACGGCUACAGAAUUUUUGUUUGGCGAAAGCGUGAACAGUCUAGAGGGGAAAACCGAGCCAAACUCUCUGGCUACGAAGGGAGAGAUGAAGAUAUUCGUGGACUCUUUCGUUGCAGCCGAGAAGGUCACCGCAGAGUCUUUGCUAUACAGCGAUCUAUAUUGGGUCAUACAUGACCGCAAAUUCAAGGACCAAUGUGCUGCUGUUCAUAAGUUCGUCGAUACCUAUGUCCAACGCCGUUUGAAGAGUCCCAACUCCGAGAGGAAAGGAAAAUUUGUCGUCCUCGACGCCCUUGUCGACGAUACCAAAGAUCCAUUUGAGCUUCGUUAUGAACUUCUCAAUAUCCUUUUAGCAGGCAGCGAUACCAUCAAAGCAAGUAUUACAUUCCUCCUUGGCUCAUUGGCACAAAAUCCCGCAGUGUUCGAGAAGUUGCGAGCCCGCAUUCUCAAGGACUUUGGCACGUACAUCCAGCCGAUUAAUAUUACAAUUUCUGGUUUGAAGGCAUGUACUUAUCUGCAAUGGUGCCUGAACGAAACACUCCGCAUGUAUGCUCCGGUUCCCAGCAACUACCGUGAGGCGGUCAGAGAUACCACGCUACCUUUUGGCGGAGGACCGGACGGCCAAUCGCCGGUGUUCAUUCCGAAGGGGAGAUUGGUGAAUUGGUCGCUCUGGACUAUGCACAGCAAUCCAGAAGUGUGGGGACCUGACGCUCAGCACUUCAUCCCCGAACGCUGGGAGAUGGUGAGGCCAGGCUUCAACUAUCUGCCAUUCAAUGCUGGGCCUAGGAUUUGCAUCGGACAGCAGUUUGCACUCGCGGAGACGGCUUACGUUGUGGUCAGACUUCUGCAGAAGUUUGAUGCAAUCGACGGGUCCGCAGUGCCUAAAGGGCGUCUGCCUUGUGAGUGGAAGCUGGUUGACAGGGUAGCAGGGGGAUUGAAAGUGCGUUUCCACAGCAGGGAAUUGGAGACGAGGUGAGUUGAAUCUGACAUGGCUUGUGGAGCACGAAAUGACCUUGGCUAUAUAUCUGUGUUGAAAUUCUUGUAGUCUUGGAUUAAAAAGUUACACACAGUGACUACAGAGAAGGGAGCAAAUAUUAGUUAGUAGUAGGCGAAGUGAAAAAUUUCUUCAACGAAGUCUGCUCACAAUUUCACGCAAACCAUUCAUCCGACGGUCUCCAGCGGGCAGGUUUAUUUUGGGGAUGUGAAUUAUUAUAGAUCGGGAAAUAUAAAUUUCCAUACGGGGGAGGGGGGAUAAAGGGUUAAUCUUUGA